AUGACGACAACUCUAUCAAUGCCUCAAGAGUCACAAAUUCCAGGUGAUCGUACAGCGCCCAAAGCAAGUCUUCGUCUUGAAUGGGUUUAUGGUUAUCGAGCAGCCAAUUGUCGAAGCAAUAUACAUUUAACUGAAAACGGCGAACUUGUUUAUUUUUCUGCUGCUGUUGCUAUUGUGCAAAGUAUUGAAGAAAAAGAUCAUUGUCGACAACGAUUUUUUCUUGGUCAUGAUAAUGAUAUUAUUAGUUCAUGUCUACAUCCAGAUAGAAAGAUUGUCGCAACGGGUCAGAUCGGAAAAAAUGCACAGAUUUGUGUUUGGAAUACACAAGGAACAAUGAAAUUAGAAAGUCUCCUACAAGGACAUGCAGAUGGUGUCGGUGCAAUAAAUUUUAGUGCAGACGGAGAAAAAUUAGCUAGUGUUGGUAUUGAUUCUAAUAAUACAAUUAAAGUUUGGAGUUGGUUACGUGGAAAAAUUCUAGCAACGGUUGCAGGUCAUUCAGAACGUGUUUUUGAUAUUUGCUAUUUUGGUGACCGGGUCAUUACAUGUGGUGUUAAACAUAUUCGUUUUUGGACAUUACUUGGAAAUACAUUAGAGUUUAAAGAAGGCCUUUUCGGUAAAUCAGAAGCACUAACUCUUUUAUGUAUUGGAGCUUUGGGACGUUCAACUACUAAUGAAUCUAAAACAACGAACGAUGAUGAAAGUUUGUGUUUUACUGGAGCAAUUAAUGGUGAUUUGAUUGUAUGGAAAAAAAAUAAAAUCGAUCGAAUCAUUUCUGGAGCACAUAAUUCCACAAUUUAUUCAAUUGAUAUUAAUUCAAAUGGAUUUUUAACAAGUGGUAAAGAUGGUUGUGUAAAAGAAUGGACAAGAGAUUUUGCUCCUACUGGACAAUCAACACAUGUUCCAAGUUUAAUUAACGAUAGUGAAGAAAUUAGCGUAUGUAGUAUAGCUUCACACAAUGGUUAUUGUGUUGCUGGUACUCGUGAUUGUGAAAUUUAUGGAUUUCAAUUAAAUGGAAAUAAUGCUCUUCAACUUCUCGUCCAAGGCCAUCAUGAUAGUAGUUUAUUUGCAUUAGCUUGUCAUCCAAAAGAAAACAUUUUUGUUACUGGUGGAGAAGAUUGUACACUUAGGUUUUGGAAUGCUGAAAGAAUGAUAUCAAUAACAUUUUAUACGACACCUUAUGUUCCACUAUCACCACCACCUGCUAUACGGUCGAUCGCUUUUACAUCAGAUGGAAAUCAAAUUGCUGUUGGAUAUGAAAAUGGUUAUGUUGAAAUAUAUCCAACCAUAUUAAAACCACACGAAGAAGAACGUGUUCAACCGAUACAUACAAUGCAUGAUCAUGCAUAUCGUAUUCAAUCAUUAGCUUUUUCUCCACGUGAUAAAUAUCUUGCAGUUGGGUGUAAUGAUGGAGCUUUAGCUAUUUAUGAUGUAAAAGAUCAAUACAAAAAUUUACAUUUUAAAACCACAAGCAAUAGUUCAAGUGUUAUAAAUAUGGAUUGGACAGAUGAUGAAAAAUAUUUACUUUAUACUGGUGAAAAUAAACAAGUUUUCGUUGCUAAAAUGCCUUCUUUUGAACAUUUAUCUGAUAAGGAAAAAGAAAACAUUCAUAAUUGGUCAACUUUUACAAGUCUUACACAUAAAGAAGUUCUUGGUAUAUGGAAUAAGUUUGCUGAAAAAACUGAUAUUGUUACUAUUGAUGGAAAUGAAUAUUCAGGUGUUAUUGCUGCUGGUGAUGAACAAGGCCUUAUUAAAUUAUUUCGCUUUCCAAGUGAAAAGCGGGGUGCUCAUUUUAAAAAAUAUGUUGGACAUUGUAGUAGAAUUGGUAAUGUCUGUUUUCUUCAUGAUAAAAGUCGUUUAAUAACCAUUGGUACUGAUGAUCGCACAAUACUUCAAUGGAAUUUUCUAUCAGAAACUGAUUCUAUUGCACUUGAUGAUGCACGCCGAUUAAGUACAGCAGCAUCAAGUUUUCGAUUAGGCACGAACGACAUGAUGAAUGCAGAUGCAAUGGAUGGAACAAUUGAAGAUGCACAACUAUUAGAAACAGCUCAGCAAGCUGGAACUUAUCUAGAUUCAGACUCUGAAGAUUCAGAUUCGGAUUUAAGUGGCGCAGAGAUUGAUUCAGAUAUUGAAAAAGAAAAACAAAUUUCAUAUGAUAGGACUCUAUACAGAGAAGAUUAUCAAAAAUUAAAAAAAACUAUGAAAGAAAAAUUACCACCAGGUGAAAAAAGAAAAAAACAACCUGAUCAAGGUCUUACACUUGAUUUUGUAUUUGGAUAUCGUGGUUAUGAUUGUCGUGAUAAUGUUUUUUCUUUAAAAACUGGCGAAAUCGUUUAUCAUGUCGCUGCAUUAGGCAUUGUUUUAAAUGCAGAACAAAAUGUACAACGAUUUUAUAAUUGUCAUACAGAUGAUAUUUUAUGCUUAGCUGUUUCACCUGAUAUGUCAUUGGUUGCCACGGGCCAGAUUGGUCGUGAUCCACCUGUUCAUGUUUGGGAUCCAACAAAAAUGCAAACAAGCUCGAUACUUAAAGGUCAACAUUAUCGAGGCAUCUCUGCUCUGGGGUUUUCUAGAAAUGGGAAAUGGUUAGCGUCAGUUGGUUUAGAUGAUUAUCGAACAAUUGUUAUUUGGGAUUGGAAAAAAGGAGAAAAAUUAGCUUCACAAAGAGGUCAUAAUGAUAAAAUCUUUUGUUUACGAUGGAAUCCUCAUGAUGAUGAUCGAUUCGUCACUGUUGGUGUUAAACAUAUUAAAUUUUGGACAAAAGCUGGUGGUGGUAUGACAGCGAAACAAGGAGUUUUUGGCAAAGCUGCUGGGAAACAAGGAAAACAAAAUCAAAUGUGUGUUGUUUUUGGUAAAACAGUUGAUAGCUGUAUAACUGGUGGUGGAGACGGUUCUAUUUAUAUAUGGACUGGAACUGCGCUAACAAAGAAAAUUGAUGAUGCACAUGAAGGACCUUUAUUUGCUAUUACAGCCGUACAAGAUAAAGGUUAUGUAACUGGCGGAAAAGAUAGUAAAAUUAUACUUUGGGAUCCAGAAUUUAAAAAACGCGUUAAAACAUAUGAAUUAACGAAUAAAAAUCUAGCUCCAGAUUCUCGAGGUACUCUUACUGAAGAUCCAACUGCAGUUCGUGCUGUUUCUUUAACACGUCGUAUUAUUGUUGGAACACGAGGUGGUGAAAUAUGUGAAAUUGAAAAAGAUGGUCGAAUACGUGUUGUCAUUCAAGGCCAUGCUGAAGGUGAAAUGUGGGGUUUAAGUACUAAUCCAAAAAAAUAUGAGCUAUGUACUGUAAGUGAUGAUAAAACUGUACGCGUAUGGUCAUUAGAAGAUCGACGAAUGAUUCGAUUUAAAUCAUUUCAAGACUUAUUACGUACAUGCGAAUAUUCACAGAAUGGAAAAUACAUUGCAGUUGGAACAAAAACUGGUCAUUUUAUGAUUUUAAAUGAAGCAGAUCUAACUGUUGUUGUAACUGUUGAGCAUAGAAAUCAAGAAGUAUCAGAUAUAAAAUUUUCACCAGAUGAUCGACAUUUAGCCGUAGGAACACAUGAUAAUUUUGUGGAUAUUUAUAAUGUUGAAACACAAAAACGCGUUGGUAUUUGUAAAGCAAAUUCUUCGUACAUUACACAUGUUGACUGGGAUGCUAAAGGAAAAUUAAUCAUGACAAAUUCAGGUGCUAAAGAGCAAUUGUUUUAUGAGGCACCACGUGGUACCAGGAUUACAUCAAUUAAAACGACUGAUAUAGAAAAAAUGGAUUGGUUUACAUGGACAGGUGUUUUAGGACUUGUUUGCGAAGGUAUUUGGCCGCCAGCAACUGAUGUAACUGAUGUUAAUUCAACUGAUUUAACAAAAGAUAAGCAAAUUUUAGCGACAGGCGAUGAUUUUGGUCUUGUUAAAUUAUUUGAGUUUCCAGUUAAAGGUAAAUUUGCUAAAUUUAAACGAUAUACAGGCCAUAGUGCUCAUGUAACUCGUGUUCGAUGGACAUAUGAUAAUUCAUAUUUAAUAUCAAUUGGUGGUCGUGACGUUGCUACAUUAGUAUGGAAACAUGAACGUAAUACUGAUGCCGAGACUGUUCCCGCUUCUCAAGGCAAAAUAACUGUUGCUAAUGUUCGUACUACUCCUACGAAUUCAAAAACAACAACAACAGCAGCAGCACCAACAGCAGUUGCACCUGUGCGACAAGAAAAAGGUGAAAGUGAUGAUUCAGAUAAUACAGAUUCGGAAGAAGAAGGUUAUGAUUCGGAUGUUCAACAUGAUAGAAGUAUGGAUUAUAAUGCUCGAAUUCUUAUUGAUCCAGUUCGACCAAAAACUGAUAAGCAAGCAGCCAUUCGAUCUUCAACAGCAACUAAUAAACCUAUUCGUGUAAAAGUAAAACCAUCACAAAGAAAAAUCAAUGAAGACGUAGCGCUUGUUAAAGCAGCAUUAAAAUCAAGCAUUGGCUUAGGUCUUUUGAAUGCAGCACAUGGAAAUUCAACGACUAAUGAAGCAUUAAAUCAUGAUCAGAAACCACGAGGACGUAUUAUUGAUCUUGAAUUGGAUCAUAUUCAUGGUUAUCGUAGUUUUGAUUGCCGUGAUAAUUUAUUUUACUUAGCCGACAAUGAAUCAAUUGUAUAUCCAGCUGCAGGUACUUGCGUUGUACAUCAUGUUAGUCGAGGUACACAAAACUUUUAUAAAAAACAUACUGAUGAUAUUAUAUCGAUGGCUGUACAUAAUGGAGGAAAACAUGGAAAUAUAGUUGCAUCAGGACAGAUUGGAGAAAAUCCAACAAUUCAUGUAUGGAAUGCUCAAACAAGAGAAACAAUUUCAGUAUUAUCUGGGAAACAUAAAAGAGGCGUUUGUUCAUUAAGUUUUUCAACAAGUGGAAAAUUAUUAUUAUCAGUUGGUGUCGAUGCUCCAUAUACAAUUGCUGUAUGGCGAUGGGAAGAAGGUAUAAAUAUUGCAUGCGCGAUUGGAUCUGAAGAUCGAAUAUUUCGUGCAUUAUUUCGUCCAAAUUCUGAGGUACACUUUGUAACAGCGGGUGUUAAGCAUUUGAAAUUUUGGUCUGUAGCUGGGAACACAUUAGUUGAAAAGAAAGCUGUUAUUACCAAAGCAACAGAUGGAAAACGAUCAACUAAGAUGCAAACAAUGCUUUCUAUUGCUUUCGGAACCGAUGAUCGUACUUAUACGGGUAGUAUGACAGGUUUAAUUUUUAUUUGGCGUAUUACUACAUUAGAACGAACAAUAGUUGCUCAUACGGGACCAAUAUUUUCAAUGUUUAGUUCAGAAAAUUGUAUCGUAACAGGUGCAAAAGAAAAACGCUCUCUCGGUUCAACACAAACACUCAAUCCAGUUAAAGUUUGGGAUUACAAUAUGCAGAAUGGACGAUCAAUAAAACUUGAUCUACCUCAAACUGAUACAAUUUGUGCUAGAUCUGUUUGUCGAAAUUCUCAAGGGAAAAUGCUAAUUGGCUUAAAAACAGCCGAUAUUAUUGAAGUUGAUGAUAAACAAUCCGGCUCUCGAUCAGUCUUAUUAGUAUGUGGACAUGGUGAAGGAGAAUUAUGGGCUUUAUCACCACAUCCAAUUGAACCAAUGUUUGCUACAGGAAGUUAUGAUCGAAAUAUUGCUGUUUGGGAUAUGAGCAAUAAAGGACUUGUAGUAAGACGUGAUAUGGGUAAAGCGAUUCGAAGUAUAUCAUUCCAUGCCGAUGGUAAUCUGCUGGCUGUUGGAUUUCAAGAUGGACAAAUUAGUUUAGUGGGAUUUUCUAAGGAGAAAAAAGAACUGACAGAAAUAGACAAGACAAGAGAACGAAAUGCUGCAAUUGUUUGUGUUAGAUUUAGUCCAAAUAAAAAGUUAUUAGUUGCUGCUUCAAAUAAUUGUUCGAUUGAUUUCUUUAACAUUCAGCAAAAUAAAUUAGCACGUGUUGGCUAUGUGACGCAUAUUGACGAUGCUGUUUUACAAAUUGAUUGGGCUACGAAUUCAGAAUAUAUUAGAGCAAGUACAGCUGGUUAUCAUGCACUUGUUUUUCAUGCACCCAUUGGUGAAGAAGUUAAAAAUCAUGAAGAAAUUGAAAAAAUUGUUUGGGACUCUUGGACAAGUACCAUUGGCGAUGAUGUAAGUGGUAUUUGGCCAAAAGACGUUAAAAAAGAUCAUAUUAAUUGUGCCCAUGCAUUGUCAUCAACAAUCGUUACGGGUGAUGAUCAUGGAGCUGUUAAUUUAUUUAAAUUUCCUUGUCCAGAGCCUGGAACGGAACAUAAAUCAUAUUAUGGUCAUUCGGACAAUGUAACAAAUGUUCGAUUUCUUGCCAAUGAGAAAUAUUUAGUUAGCUUAGGUGGAGACGAUUGUUGCAUCUUUGUAUGGAAAUGUAUCUCAAAAACAAAUAUUGAUGAUGACGAUUAA